AUGCUGACCGGCUCUUCCCUUGCCGCGCUCAUAGCGCUCUCCGCGCUUUUUUGCUACCUGUAUCAUGAGCUGCAUUAUCGCCGGAUCAAGCAGUUUGCACAUUACCCACAGAUGAAGCCUUCGUUGAUAUGGGGUCAUCUCAAGUUAAUCAAAGCCUUCCACCGGAAACGUGGUGAGAAAGGGGGGCAUAUUGAUCAUGUUUUUGGAGACAUAUGCGAAUCCAUGGGCAAUCCUCCAGUUUUGCUUCUUGACUUUCGUCCUCUCAAUAGUCCUGUACUUCUCGUCCGCAGUCACGAAAUUUCGGAGCAAAUAACACGGCAAUCGAAAAUGUGGCCCUAUAGUACUCCGAAAGCUGAUACAGCGCAAUAUUUAACGCCACUGAUAGGAGAAAAUUCUAUGAUUAUUCUUUCGGGCCCCAAGUGGAAGGAUAUGAGGAAGCAUUUCAAUCUCGGAUUUGCUCCCCAGCACUUGAUGACUCUGCUACCCCUCAUUAUGGACAAAACUCAGGCCUUCCUCUCAAAGCUUGAUAGCCUUGCCAGCACUGGCGAGGUUUUUGAUCUUGACCCGCUCUGCACAAACCUCACGUUUGACAUCAUUGGUGCCGUAACUAUGGGCGUUGACCUUGACGCGCAACUCCCCGAAGAACAGCAAGGAGAUUUCAUCAGAAAUUACAAAGCAUUACUUCAAUCUUAUAAGGAACCUGGCAUUCUAAAAUGGAGGGGGAAUCCACUCAUCAAACGGCGGCGCAGAGUCCUCUCACAGGCAAUUGACAGCUUCUUAGCGGAAAUUGUUCGUCACAAAUUCGAUGAUAUCAAGGAAGACAAAGGCUUGUCCAGCCGAAGCAUCCUAGAGCUAAGUCUCAAAGAGGCCCAUGCUCUAACCAAAGAGCUGAUCGACAACACCAUCGACCAACUCAAGACCUUCAUGUUCGCAGGGCAUGACACUACAAGUAUUGUUCUACAAUGGGCCAUUUACGAACUUUCACGAACACCUCAUGCUAUUCAGAAGCUUCGUUUGGAAUUAGAAGAGCUCUUUGGUCCCAGCCCAAAUCCCGCAGCCAUCCGCAACACUCUGAAAACCCACGGGGGCGAGAUAAUUAACGACAUGAUUUUUACAUCGGCUGUAAUCAAGGAGACUCUUCGUCUAUACCCUCCCGCGGGAUCUGCUCGGUUGUGCCCUCCAGGGUCAAAUUUCCACAUCCAACUUCCCGAUGGCAGCAACAUCUGUGUCGAUGGUAUAGUUCUUUAUAAUUGUGCAACUCUUGUUCAGCGAGACGCCAAUGUCUAUGGCAACACUAAAGACGAUUUUCUACCAGAGCGAUGGUUAGACAAUAGAGACACACCGAUUGCAAAGAACAAGGAUAAAGUCGACAUCAGCGGAGCCGGAGAAGGCAUUCCUGCUUCUGCAUGGAGGCCGUUUGGGAGAGGUCCAAGAAAAUGCAUUGGACAGGAACUCGCAAACAUUGAGGCUAAGGUUAUCUUAGCAUGUGUAAUCAGCAAAUAUGACUUUGAGAAAGUCGGACUUGGAGAAGCAAUGGUCGACACAAACGGGAAACCGAUUGUUAACGAGAAGGGACAGUACCAUUCCAAGACACAGCUAUACAACACACAGCAGAUCACAGCUCGGCCAGUAGAUUACAUGAGGGUCCGGGUCCGGCUAAGGCAUGACUUGUCCUAA